GUGUAGUCAGUCACACAACUAUCUUUGAAGGAUCUUGGACAGUCUCAAUAUUCAGCUUCAUCAUGGCUGGACGCCUGUUUGUCAUUCUAAUGUGCUCCUUUCAUCAGAUUCAAGUUCAAGGUCAAAAACCAGAGAUAAGUCUUACAUAUUUUGAUGGUGACCAUUUUCUCUUCACUUGCUCACUGCCUGGAUCUGCUAAUGAUUCAACAAGCUGUAACCUGUACUUUGGAGAAACAACUCGUCCAGUCCUAACUACAACUCUCUGGAGGACAAAAUCCUCACCUAAACAGUUGUUCUGCCAGUUUACUGUCAAUACAGAUGAUUUCCUGAGACACAUGCAUUUUGUUCAGCAAAAGGAUGCCAGUUGUGAUUACAGUUUGGGAAGUGAACGCAACUCUUUGUCUCCUCGUAGUGAUGUAAAAAACUUGACUGAUAUUGUGGAAAGAGAGUCACCCACAAAACCAGUGUUCUCCACAACCACAGGUUUGACUGUUAGCAGGCCUCAUGCCUCCACUCCUGUAACUCCUGUGAAAACAGCAUCAGAUAUUGUGGAAAUAGUGUCCACAUUUACUACGACCACAGGUCCGACUGUCAGCAGGACUCAUGCUCCAACUCCUGUAACUCCUAUAAAAGGUCUGACUGCUGCUAGACCAAGGAACACCAAGGAAUGUGUUAUUUCUACUUCCCUAACAUCAGUGAAACCAGCAUCAGAAAUGUGGAUAUGGAAUUUUGUAAUAGUUGCGACUGGUUUUGGAGUAACUGCGGGUGUCAUCUUACUGGGACUGGCCCUUCUCUGUACCAAAAGAAGAAGCGGUGAUGUUAUGUACCUGAGAAAUCAUAACCAUGGAGAAUUGUUACCAACAGGUAAUGAUGAAUCCUACAGUGUGAUCACCUAUGUACCUGGUGCUGAUAGUACUACUGGUUCUGGGAAACUCAACAUUCGAGAGCCUCAGAAUGAGGAUUCUGAACUAUACCAUGUGUACGCCACCAUCUCUGACGAGCCGGCUGCAUCAGCCCUGAAGGAAAUGGUGUACAGCACCUCGCAGCUACACUGAGACCUGUACAGAGGAAAAAAAAGCAGCCGAAAGAGCUGUUUUUAAAAAAUGUGUAAUUUUUUACUUUGUUUUUUAUACUGUAUUUUAUGACCUGACAGAGGGGAAUUGAUGGUAAUAUAUGUGAUCUGAUACAGGCAACUGUGGAGGCCCUCUCUCCAAGCUAAAGGCAGCUGGGUGGCUUUUUAUCUGUCAGAGAGACUAGGAGGUUAGAGAGUAUCUCUAGGAGCCUUAAGAUGUCACUGGAGAGUACCACAAGGCAGCGUCCAGGGCCCCCUUGUAUUUAUACUAUAAAGUCUGCAUUUAUACUUUGUCUAUCUUGUAGUCUAAAUUGAUUAAGUGAAGGAAUGAUUGUGACUUGGACAUUACAGUAAGACUGAUAGAGUAAUCCUUGGAUGUGAGUCAAGGAGUCAUGUUGGGAAGUGAUUUUGAGUGUGCUUACAUGAACAUGAGUAUGGCAGUUAUUCAGGAGAUGAUGCUUACAUGGAACACAAAACACAGAAAUGUUAUAAUAAGUACUUCUGUAAACAUGACAUGAUAAACAUGUUGAUUAUUACAUGCUGUUUGCACAGGCGCAUGUGACGUUUAUAAAUAUAAAACAUUAGUACAUACAUUCAUGUUAAAUUAAUUCUGCAGGAGAGCAUGUUGGGCAUGUUGAGUAUGUUGAAUCAUUUAUAUUUGAAUAAAUUUUUUCCUAAAGACUUCUGUAACUAUGCACUAUAAAUACACAUUCACACAUCAAAAAUAUGUGCUACAGCCGUUAUCUAUUUCUCUUCAAAGUGGCUAUUAGUACGUUUUCUCUGCCACUGAAUCUGGGUCCUUGCUGGUUUCUUGGAGUGUUUUGAAUCAGUGAGUUGAACGUUAAAUGUAAAACAUGGUCAUUGUGGUUUCUGUUUCUGUAGGAAGUGGGACUGUCACUUGUUUGUGGCCUUUAUUAUUCCACAAUAGAAAAAUGGAUAUGGAAGUUUGAAGUGGUUGUGAUUGGUUUUGGUGGAACUGUGAGAAACAGUUUAGAAAAGGACAGGCGCUUUUAAAAAACUACUUAGUUUGUGAUAGAUUGUAUCACUGUCAAUCACAGGCUAACUUCAACCAAUCAGAUUCUGCAUCCCUCCCAUAUCUUAUUUUUUUUAACUACCAGUGGAAGUGAAGCACAAAAUGACCAAAACUGAGACACAAACCAACCUCUUUCAAUCUGGUUGUCUUGUUCUUAUAUAGGGUGUCAUAAUCUUGUUGUGUCACAAUCUGUCCAUUAACUUUAUGGUGUAGAUUCUUGGUUUAGCAACUUAAAACUUUUGAGUCUCUAUACUUACUGAUAUUGCAUGAAGAAUGCUGAAAGGAACCUGCUUUAAAUGGCCCUGGAUGUUUUAACUACUACAGAAGCACUGUUAUGUUUUGACUGACAUGAUAAUAUGUAGGUUCAAUGAUAAAAUAAAGGUUGAACUAUAUCACGUGUGCUGGGGUUGUCAGGAGCUGAAUAUGUUUCUGUGGCCUCUCUAAGUAUUAUUAGAUUCUGUUGCUUGCUGUGCUUUUUCUGAGGGCGGGUCUUGCAAAAAUGCUUCUUAUGUAGGUCAAAGUAAGACAUGUUUAGUCUUCUUUGGGGAUUUCAUGACAGUCACAGUAUUCAGCUUCAUCAUGGCUAGACAGCUGCUGUUUGUCAUCCUCAUUUGUAAGUUAAACCUCCUAUCUUAUACAUUUUCUCAUCAUUAAUUUAGGUUCUUACACAAAAAUACACAUACA